ACCCAGCAUCUGUCAGCUCAGAGAACAGGUCCAUCCAUCAUAAACAGAAAUUACACUCAGUUUAAGAAUAUCUCUACGGUAAUGUGCUUUUGAUAAAAUGUGUCGUGGCGCGUGAGAGUUAAUGGUGGGCUGCCUCUAAAAGUUCUCUGAAGUUGUUCAAAGUGUGGAAGAGAUAUAAUGGUUCUUCAAAGAGACGAGCUUCAAUGAAAUAAUGGUUUCUUUCAUCAGUAGUAGGUGGUGGAGAUGGAAGUGCCUGAAGAUUCUCCCAGUUACCCUGCUGCUGAUGUGCCUUCCGACUUCAGUAGCACCGAGCUGCCAGAGUAGCAUCAGCUGCAAUGUGGUGCUCACCGACUCCCAGGGCUCUUUCACCUCCCCCUGCUACCCCUCUGACUACCCAUCCAGUCAGGCCUGCAAGUGGACCAUACAGGCCCCAGCUGGCUUUAUAGUGCAAAUCACCUUCCUAGAUUUUGAGCUUGAGGAAGCGCACGGCUGCAUCUAUGACCGCAUCGUCGUCAGCACUGGCACAAGUGAUGUCAAAUUUUGCGGUUUAACAGCCAAUGGAUUAACUCUCAACUCCACUGGAAAUGUGAUGGUGGUUUCCUUUAAUUCAGACUUUAGUGUUCAAAAGAAAGGUUUCCAUAUAAGUUACAAGCAAGUGGCAGUGGUACUGAGGAACCAGAAGGUCACUAUGCCAAAGACCAGCAAGAAUACAGUGAGAGUGAGCAAUUCAGUCACAUUCCCUACACUUACUGCGUUCACAGUGUGCUUUGAGAUCGCCCGCACCACCACAAAGAGCACAGAGACCAUCUUUACCUACACUGAUGCAGCUGGGACAUCUGUUUUGGCAUUUGAGAAGACAGCAAGAGGUAUGGAGAUGUUCAUCGGCAGUUCCUCCUGCUCUGUAAAUAACCUUAUCACCAGCUCAGACAUCACCUCCAGCAUGAUGCCCAUCUGCCUCACCUGGACCAAGUCCUCUGGGCUUGUGGCAGUGUACUUUGGAGGCAACUAUCGAACCAACACCUGUUCGGCCUCUCAAAUUUACACCCUGCAGAGUGGAGGACUCUUCCAGCUUGGAGGACAAGGGUCUAGUGCUGUCAGUGGUGACGAUCAGAACUUGGAUGGCUUCAUGUACAAUUUCCGAUUGUGGGAUCACGCCAUGGCUGUUGCUGAGCUCUCUGCCCUCACCUGUGAUAAAAAGGGUAACGUCAUUGACUGGGAUCAUAGCUUCUGGACCAUCCCAGGCAGUUACACACAGACUGACAGCACACUCAGCUGCAUCUGUUACCCAAAUUGCAUACAUUUAACAACAGCUUCAACUAGUGGCACUGCCAUACCAACGCUUGCCCCGGGAACACCAGGCUGUACUUCCCCUGGACUGGGCUGCCCAGCCACAUUAACUGUUACCACCGCAUCCACUGCCACCACUAACACGAUUUCUACUAAUGCAACAACCCAGGCUCGUACUACUACUCUUUCAUACACAUCUACUCCUAGCAUGCCUCUAACCACAGGUUCUGUGAAACUCACAACAACUAGUGCUAAUACAACAACCACGACUACUGUAAAAACUGCAUCACCCAUAACCCUAUCUAACCUGCCAUCCAACAACCCUGCUGCUGCUACUAACCCACCUCUGUCCAACAACAAAACCAGUGAGAGCAUUUUCUACAAGAUUUCCUUAGGGGUAAAUGAUGUACAAGCAAACGCCCCAGAAAGUGAUGCUGAGAUGAUGAUAGCUCAAUGGCUCAAUCAAACCUUUCAGAACUGGAUCUACAGAGUUUAUGUUGAUAAUGUCAAGGUUGGACCUAAUACUGUUCUUUCAAGGGCCACAAAUAUCCGAUAUACCUGCAUGGCCUUGCUUGUGUAUAAGAAUACCAGUGAUGCAGUUCUAACAGUGGCAGAGAUUGAAAACAGGCUGAGAAGUGCCCCUGCCAUAGGAAAUGGCUUGAUAUUGGACAGCGUGACAGUGAACUCAAUGGAAAACUGCCAGUCAGAGAAGGUUCCAUUUCACUACAGAUGGCCGGAGAGCAGACCCACAGUCACCCAGUAUGUCCCCUGUUUCCCUUACAAAGAGCAGAAUGCAUCCAGGACAUGCAUGAUUAGCCCAGAUAAUUAUACAUCAUUCUGGGCUUCCCCAGAUCUCAGAAACUGCACUGAUAUAGAGGACAUUCCAGUUUCACAAGAGAAUGCAAUAGAAGUGGCUGUGCAGCUUGCUGAUAUCAGCAAUAACGAGCUCUCUACAGAGGAGGUGACAAAGGUUGUCUCCAAGGUGAAGGAGCUGGUGAAUGUAGCCAAAAUUAAUGCCACUCUAGCCAACACUGUGGUCAGUAUCAUCUCCAACGUUAUGAUCAGCUCAGAGGAUGCUCAACUGGCUGCCUCCGAGACAGCACUUAAAACAGUGGAUGAACUGGUGCAGAAGAUUGAGUUUGAUGGACCCUCUGUGACCAUCACAUCGAAAUACCUGGCUCUGGGAAUCUCUGCCCUCAACACAAGCAAUUUCAAUGGGACCACUUUUAGUGCAUUUAUAGACACCAACACGACAGACCCUCAGAUUGAUUUUGAGUCAGAGGCCCAGAACGCUUUGGCUGUGGUCACACUGCCUCCCACUCUGUUACAAAAUCUGAGUAAUGCACAAAUGGAAAGAGCAUACAGAAUAAACUUCAUAUUCUUCAGCAAGACAGGACUCUUUCAGCACUUUGGAUCAUUCAUGGAUCAACAAAGUAAUGGUCUGUUCUUGAACAGCUAUGUGGUGGCUAGUAGUGUGGGCAACUUCAGCAUUAAAAACUUGCAGGAUCCAGUCAAGAUAGAGAUCGCCCAUUUGGAGUACCAGAGAGAACCAAAGCCUCUUUGUGUGUUUUGGGAUUUUAACCUCCGAACUGGCACAGGGGGCUGGAGCAGUGAAGGCUGUGAGGUCAGUCCCGAAUCCAACAGCAACAGGACCGUCUGCUUGUGUAACCACCUCACACACUUUGGCAUCCUAAUGGACAUCUCUGGGGCUGCUGCACAGAUUGAUGAGAAGAACAAUAGAGUUCUCACCUUCAUUUCCUACAUCGGCUGUGGCAUCUCAGCUGUCUUUUCAGCAGCAACGCUGCUCACGUACAUCGCUUUUGAGAAGCUGCGGCGAGACUAUCCCUCCAAGAUCCUGAUGAAUCUCAGCACUUCAUUGCUCUUCCUCAACAUGGUGUUUCUCCUGGAUGGCUGGUUGGCCUCAUAUGAAAUGGAGGGACUGUGUGUGGCAGUGGCUGUCUUUCUGCACUUUUUCCUUCUCACAUCCUUCACCUGGAUGGGCUUAGAGUCCAUCCAUAUGUACAUUGCCUUGGUCAAGGUCUUCAACACCUACAUACGGCGGUAUAUCCUCAAGUUCUGCAUUGUAGGAUGGGGUGUUCCGGCUGCAAUUGUUGGCAUUGUGUUAGCAGUAGGCAAAAAUUCCUAUGGAAAGAAGUACUAUGGAAAAAGCGAGAAUGGAAAGGACACAUCAGAAUUCUGUUGGAUUCAUAGUCCGGUGGUAUUCUACGUAACAUGCGUGGGCUACUUUUCCAUGAUCUUCCUACUGAAUGUUGCCAUGUUCAUCGUGGUCAUGAUCCAGAUCUGUGGGCGUAAUGGCAAGCGCAGCAACCGGACAGUGCGAGAGGAGAUAUUGCGUAACCUGCGCAGUGUGGUCAGCCUGACUUUCUUGCUGGGCAUGACCUGGGGCUUCGCGUUUUUCGCCUGGGGCCCAGUCAGCCUGGCCUUCAUGUACCUCUUCUCCAUUUUCAACUCCUUGCAGGGGCUAUUCAUAUUUGUGUUUCACUGUGCUCUGAAAGAAAAUGUACAGAAACAAUGGAGGAGAUACUUGUGCUGUGGAAAGUUUCGCUUGGCAGACAAUUCAGACUGGAGCAAGACUGCUACUAAUAAUACCAAGAAAGUGAGUUCCGAUAACCUGGGCAAGUCCCUGUCAUCCAGCUCCUUUGGCUCCACUACAGCCAGCUGGACGUCUAAAGCCAAAGCCACACUAAACCCCUUUGCCAGGCACAGUAAUGCAGGUAAAAGUUUCUCCAAUCAGUGCAGUCCCAAAUGCAGCCCAUCUGAUGGAGAGGCCUCCUCGUCCAUCCUCCCCGUGCACCAGGUCCUGGACAAGAUGAAGGGCUUCUGCUCCAUAGGCUCUGACAACUUCUACAAAAACAUCAUCAUGUCAGACAGCUUUAGCCACAGCACUAAAUUCUAAGGAGAAGGGGCUAAGAUGACACCCUCCCGUGUCCCACAGACUCACCUUGAGCAAUGGAAAGACAGAAUCAUGUUUAUACUCUUCUAUAUUGAGCUAACCCUCCCAGCCUCCUUUCUACCCCUUCCCAACCGGAGUAGAGAAAUGUAUAACCCUGUAGAGAGGUCAAGCUAUGAAAGUGUGGAUUUUACAUACUGUGAUAUUCAGCUAAUACUGACUAUGUGAUCUGUAAAUAAUCAUAAUAUAUUUUACUAUUUGUGCUUUUUCUAAUGUCUUUUUUUUAUUUUAUUUUAUUUUUUUAAAUGUUUUGGGGUCUUCUGUAUAUAAAAAUGUAUGAAUGCUUACUACAACAUUUCUUCAACCUCUUUAGAGAGAAAGUGGGACCAUUUCAUGACCAAAGACUGUCAAACAUGAGGAAUAGUCCACUAUUCCUUUGUUAGGAACUGAAAGAACAAGAACGGUUGGAGCCUGAAUUUUCAUGCUUGUGAAUUUUGCCUUUGGUGUUUUUAUCGGAGUUAGCUUCUCUUAUCCCAAGUAGUCAAGUAUAAAUGUUUAAUGUAAAUUAGUGAACCUUUAAUCCUUUUAUUUUGUAAUUAUUUAAAUGCUCUAUUUUUGUCUUUACAUGAUCUACUACUGAUGAACGUGUUACAGAAAACUUUGUUGUUUCAAUGUUUCAAUCCUUUCAGUGCUGUUCCAGAAAACUGCUCCAACAGAAGGGCAGAAGACUGAGAGCAGUCAGGUUAGAAAUUCAUAGAAGUAUAGUAAUUCAACCUUUCAAAGGCCUCUGUUAUGUGACAAUGGAAAAAAACAGCUAAAAACCAAAUUUAAGAAAUCAGAUAUUAUUGCUGUAGUUUAAUGAAAUUGUUAUUUGGACUUGGUAUUUAUUUUAAAGGCUUUUAUGAGAUUUCCAUGCUCCGAUAAAGAUAAUGUCUGCAGAGUAAAUGCUUGCCAAGGGCUAUUCAGUUUACUCUGGUCUUCAGUGUAGAAUAGAUCAUCGUGUAGCAUUUAUAGAUGCUUUAUGAAAAUGUGACAUACUGCAUAUUAAAUGCACUUAAGCCA